GAUCAUUUAUACAUUGUGUGUAUAUUGCAAUACUUGUUAUACGCUCGUUCUAAUGUGUAUAUGAACAUCAUUUAAACGUUAUCUGUUCGUUUCUGCUUGUUUUCAUCGGUUCCGCGGUGACAAUUUUAGAAAGACGGUUUAAAUUUAAAGGGCACGUUGAUAGAUCACGGGCGUGGUAGUAUCCACUUGUUCCAAUUUGCUUACCGCGAGCCAAGUUUGCAUUCGAUGCCAAACACUUGUAGGCGCUGUAACGAUGCUCGUAAAUGUUUACGGUGCACUGGCGCCAACAAAAUACUUUCGAUUUUUAGAAUUACGUAUAUACCUACUUUCUUCCACUAUUAGUACAGCUCUUGUUGGCAUAGAGAACGUUCGUGAAUCUAAAAUAUUUCGAGUCAUGCGAACAAAUCUCGUAAAGAGCGUUUUGCACUUCGGCUCGGUGCUGUUGCCUCACUUUGCGUAAUACUGCUCGCCUAUUAUACUAGUUCUAAUUUAACGCCUGAGGUGUGAAUGGUAUUAAAAGAGCAGAAGGGAAUUCAUGUUAUGAAAGAAAGCUCUAAAUAUAUGCUCGGGUUAUUGACUCGUUCAGUACGCCGUCUGCAAAUAUCAGAUUUAAAGGUGAACUUGGUAAAUCCCGGAACCUUGAACCGACCCGCGAUGCCUUUAUAACUCGGGUUAAAAUUAUGACGAGGAAUUGCGCCAGGAAUACCCACAAUUGAGAAAUCAACAGUACAGCAAACGAGAAACGUAGUUGCUGAAACCUUUUUUCAAGCCGUAUUUUUAAGGACAGGAAUUUUCAAAUUGAUAACACAGUCUCCCUUUAAAUUAUAGCGUUCUUUUUUUGAAAUGAACAAUUGACACUUUACUCGGUCGAGUUCCCCAGCUUAGGAUCCUUUAUGAAAAGUUGUCGAUGCUUCUGUGUACAUAUCUUUCCGCGGUUGGCGCUUACGUCAAGGGCGACCUCGACUUUUCACCGUCUCUAAUCUGUACGAGAAUCGUUCGCGAAACAAGCAUAUUAUUUCCACUGUGUGUAACUCUAGAUAGGAACGGAUAAGCCUUAGAAUUUUGUAAUCUUUUUAUGACACCAAUUUAAUCGGUACGACAUCAUCUGGUAAUUGAUAUUAUUUUACAUAGCAGUAUCAUUCAUUAAUUUAUUCCUCGUUUUCAUUCUAUCGAAUACUCUCAAUUACUUGGUUAGUAAGACUUUAGAAGAUUAUAGGCUUGUUAAGCAAGAAUAAGAACGAUUAAAAUUCUUCGUGAUCUUACUUUGCUUAAUAAAGUAAGUUCAUUGAAUUGUUCAAUCAAGGAAAGCUUCAAAUUUCCCAUUGCUACGAUUAUGUCCACGUAUUGAGCCUUCAAAUUGCACGUCUCCUCUCGCAACCUUUAUUGUUAUUUCCGUUCGAAACCUUGAAUCACGAAAUCAGAAGUCAGGGAUCGAACGACCAACGGUCUAUCGCGGCAAAUACUUUUGUUGAUAACAAAUCAUCAGUUAUAUUAAUAAUAUAUUCAAUUCGUGCAACACGUGAGCGUACGGUCAGGUGGUAUUUCAAUGGAACGUUCGAUUCCAAUGUGCACCUCUCGUUGCGUGUAAUUAGAACGAAGUAAAGGGGACGGGCGCGUGAAGUGAAAUCGAGAUAUAGGAAAAACGAUAAGAUGCUGCAGGGUAGAGCGGCCGGGGUGGACGCGGCGAGACAAGGGCUGACGCGCGGUAAUUGAGAAUCGUUAACGCGUCCUUGAGGGAGAUCGAGCGGUUGGAUUUUGCUAAAUUCUCCUGUCUUGCUCGUAGCCAUCGGUUAUCGUUUCUCUCUCACUCCUCUCUCGUCCCGGUUUUCUGGCCACCGAUGAUGUUGGUGGCCUUCAACCGUUCAGGAGUGGAUGGACCUCGUUGGCCAGCGGGCCGAGGUAUAAGGUCGAGGUUGCCGCUGGUGUGUGCACGGGAUAUGCGACCUCCGGAUGCAUCGAGCGAGAUGCGCGCGCAGCGAGCUCAUGCGCGUUUCUCAGCCGGUUAGUUGUGCGUCGCAGCAUGUCGGGCGGGCGGUCGAGCGCAAGUCAUUGUCAAGGUCUUCUCUGGUCACGGGCAAACCGUUAUAAGUAGCGAUGGGCACGAACCAAGACGCAGUUUCUCGACUGUGUGAUUCAUCGAGUUCGAUUUGGGAACUGCUACGAGCAAUUUUUGUUGACUCGUGCACACAGCCACGCGUUCGUACUCGAUCUGAACGUCACGUCCUCGUGACCUGUGUGCACAUUAAUGCACGUCAAUGCAGCCUGGCGUACGACGUAUCGGGACACAUCAAGGGCACCAGCCGGGAUUCACGAUGGAAAAUCACGACAACGGGGAAGGAAGAACCUUCCAUCGGAAAACCAAUGAAACCGUUGGUCAGUUCCAGCCUAAUCGCGGGAGCAGGAUGAGAAACGGGCCUUCAUCGUUUCGUUACCUUCGACUGCGUGUACAUAAUGACGCCAUCAUCGGCAAGGAUCGUUCCCUCCCGGGUUUCUCUUUAAGGCCACUUUUGCCCCGAAGGACACGUACGUCGACCGAUUAAAGCCGGCGCGGAGUAAUUAUCGCACAGGGACCAACCAGUUCCCGCUAUUCCAGUUCUCUACACUUUCGUUACGUAAUCCCGAUUGUCGGAUCGCAUAAAUACUCUCUCGCGGGAUCCGUUAUUAUACGGUUGCGGCACGCGUGAAUGAGCGAAACCGAGCCUUUAUAUGCAACGGCCUUCCACCGAUUCGAAGCCGUGUUCACGGUAACAUUCCUCGUUAGA